AUGGUUCAGACACGACGUAAAAAGGCAGCAGCUGCGCAGGACGGUGCCGUGAAGGAGAACAAAGCAGAGCCACCUGCACCACAGACGCAGACGCCCGUAAAACGAGCACGUCGAGGUCGCCCUCCCAAAAUAAGACCGGGUAAGCUGAAAGCCAACUCAAAUUAUCGAGAUUUUUUCGAGUGUGACAAUCCCGUAGAAAAUUCGAAACCCGUAGAUUACAAAACCCGUAGAGUCAAAUCCAGUAAAAAAAUGUCGAAACCCAUAGAAAAAUGCACGCAAACACAUACGCGACAAUGCAGAAAACUCAGAAUAUUGGACUCCUCAUGGCAUUUUUUAAUCUUUUUUUCAAAUGUUCAAAUGAAUAGUUACUAAAGGGGCGAAAAAGGCAAUGAAAAAAGAGUCAAAACAGUUUGCGCCAACCUUGAAUUAGGCGCCGCCCAUUUCUACGGAAUUUGACUCUACGGGUUUCGAAUUUUCUACGGGAUUGUCACACUCUCAUUUUUUCAACCAACGCAUUGCAGAAGCGAACGCUCCAAGUACUUCCGGACCAACUGAUGUAUCGAAUUUGAGUAAAAAGGAAGAAUUGAACAGCUCACGAAAUGCCAAAGACUGUGAAAGUCAAGAAUCAUCCGAAUCUCUUUUGACAAAUGAAGCGGAUUCGUUUUUGGACAAGGAAGAUGAAGAAGAUGAAUAUCCACCUCAGCCAUCAACCAGAAAGGAACAAACUUCAGUAGAAAGACCAAAAACUGCGGCAGUACCCCCACCGCCACCUAUGGCGAAACGACGUUCUACUACAAAGAUAAAAAUCAAGGAUGAGCCAGUGGAGAAGCGUCCGGAGGCAGUACCAGUUGUUGAGCCAGAAGAAGCCUCUAGCAAGCUUGUACUCGGUUCAUCACCGGCUCAUCCGGAUGACCCACAGGUUCGCUUUUGUUGCAAAAAUGAAAAAGCAUAUAAAAUUGUUUUCAGCCUUCAACUUCUGCUAAUGCGUUUGUUCCAAUGAAGCCGAAGUUGGAACUGGAGCCAGAGGAACCGGAAUCACAAGAAAAUGCUGCCGAGUAUUCUACGUCCACUGCUUUUUCUCCAGUUUUCAACGAGGAAGACAGUUUGAAAAAGCUGGAUUCAAUGAGGCUCGAGAGUCAUGAUGCAGAGCCAGAGUCUCUGAAAUUUCCGGCCGCCAGCUCAGCUUCCUCUCAAAAUGAUUCCGAGUCAAUGGACAUAGCGGAUUCCGAUAGUGAGAUGGGUGCGGAACAGACUGCCGAUCCGGAGGAAGCGACUACUCCGACUGCCGCUUCUGCCACGUCAUCUGUCUCAUCCGACCAUAUUCCUGCUCUGAAUGUAAAACACCUUGUGUCCGAAAUUCGUGUGGAUGUUGAUCAAUGCUCGAGCAACAAACAAACUCCUCUGCCGUCUUGGGAACGGUGAAAAUUAAUCGCCAUACCUUAACAAACAUAUAUUAGUGUUUCAGGAAGGAACAUAAACCGCCAGUCACACCAUUGGGAUCUCCUGAUAUGCAAAGACCGAGAAUACACUUCCUUCAUCCCGCUUUCAACAGCUUCUCCAGCGAAUCGCUCACUUCUCCGCAGCCACCUCCGCCACCGGAACCGCACACUCCACUUCGGGACACCGAGAAUGGAGUUUCUUUGAGAUUCAAGCCAAUGUCCAUAAAAUCUGUCAAAAUGGGAUUCGGAUUGAAAAGCAACCCGUUGUUCAAGGCAAAUGCUCUCGAGCCUCCACUACCGCCGACUCCGGCUCCGCCUUCGGAACCUUCCGCUCCUGCUCCAGUUCCUCCGCCGGCUCUGCUUUCAAACAGUGCUGCAUCUCUGGCUCCACCGUCAACUCAAGUGUCUCCAAUGAUGCCGUCUCCAGUGAAACGGAGCACAAACUUCGGAGGCUCCACUUCGAAUGCUCUUCCGCCUCCACAGAUGGUCGAACUUCCACAGCUCUCAUUUUUCAACGUUCCCAACUCAAACUCCGUUUUUGCAGCUGUAAGUUCAAGUUCAGAUUUUUUGUGCGUUCCGGUUUGUUUGAUGUGCUUCCUGUACCUGAUUCGAAAAGAUCAUUUGCGCGUUGACCAGGCGUUUCUUUGUCUAACUCACACAAAACUUUAAUUAAUUCAGGACGACUCUCCACAAGAGGAGCAUCACGAAAGAGCGAGAACAACUUAUACGCCGCCGCUUCCUGGAGGCUACACGGACGCAACGAUCCAAGCACUGGUGAGCCAACCAACGGGAGCCGCAGUUCGAUUGGUUAACUGCUCAACGUUGUCUUUUAUUGUGUUUCUAACCAGACUGACAGUGGGAGCAUGCGAAACUUUUCAAUUUUCGUCUCUUAAACAUGUUUGUGCUUUCAGAAGGCAAGGGUCGGGAAGGUCGCCGAGGAAAUUGAACGUCGUCACGAUGAAGAUCGUCAGAAAGAAGAAAAAGAAGAGCAGGAAAGAAGACGUGAGGAAAGAGAAAGGAGGUACAGAAAACUGGAAGAAGAGAGGGUCGAACAGUCGAGACAAAGGCAAAGAGAGGAAGACGAGCGGAGGCUAAGGGAACGAGAAAGAGAAUUUGCAAAGAGGCACGAAAGAGAAGAGUUGAAGAGAGAGGAGGAAAGAAUUCAGACUGAACGGAAGCAGAAAGAAGAGGAUGAAAGAAAGGAGAAGGAGGAAGAAAGAAGGAUGGAAGAGGAGAAGAAAAUAAAAGUGGAAGAUAUGAAAGUUCCCGAGUAUGAGCUAAUUAGUGAGAACAAGUUCCUCAUGAAGAAUGCGAAUAAGAAAAAGACGGAAUCUCUUGUGUAAGUAAAACACCCGAUUAUCGUGCUAAUAACAGUUCUAUUUCAGGUGUGACUGUUUUCAAAACAACGGAAACUGCUCGGAUACCUCUUGUGUGAACCGUGCAAUGCUCACAGAAUGUCCGUCUUCCUGUCCGGUCAAAUGCAAAAAUCAAAGGUUCGCGAAGAAGAAGUACGCGGCAGUGGAAGCAUUCCACACGGGAACUGGCAAAGGAUGUGGUCUCCGAGCGCUGAAGGACAUCAAAAAGGGCAGAUUUAUUAUUGAGUACGUCGGCGAAGUCGUGGAAAGAGAUGACUACGAAAAGAGGAAGAAGAAGUAUGCGGCGGACAAAGCACACAAGCACCACUAUCUGUGCGACACGGGCACCUACACCAUUGACGCCACCGUCUACGGAAACCAGUCUCGUUUUGUCAACCACAGCUGUGAUCCGAAUGCGAUUUGUGAGAGAUGGUCGGUGCCGCGCACACCUGGCGACGUCAAUCGAGUGGGAUUCUUCGCAAAGAAAAACAUCAAGGCCGGAGAAGAAAUCACUUUUGAUUAUCAAUUUGAAAACUACGGGUGAGCCGAGCCGACUCUAUGAGAAGAAAUCUUCUACUAACUAAAUAAUAAAUUUUCCAGACGAGAUGCCCAACAGUGCUUCUGCGGAGCCACCACGUGUACUGGAUGGAUCGGCAGAAAGCCUGAAGGAUUCUCAUCGGACGAAGAUGACGACGAUGAAGACAUUAUAACCACCAGACAAAUUAACAUGGACGAAGAAGAGGAGGAGAAGCUUGAGGAGUUGCAGGGAUUGGAGCCACACGAGAGAAUCAAUCUUAUCAACGAUCUGCUCGCCGAUAUGGUCAUUAGGAACAAGAAAUACGCAAGAAAAGUGAUAACCGUGGCUGCCAAAAUGACCGAUCACACCCAACGAGAGAAUCUUCUGAAGGAUAUUUUCUCUGCCGACACUUCGCUAGGAACUCAAACAUACUACGCGAAGGAAGGAAUGGCCACGUUGAUGGGCGAGUGGCUCUUUGCGGACGAUUACUCGCUGGCCAACCUGAAGCUCGUCCAGACGACUCUCCAAACUCUUCUUAGUGACGUGUUCGUCGCGUGUGCCAAAUCGGACCCUUUCCUGCUGGAAAUGUCGAGACGUUGGCACAACGUAACUCUGGGUCAAUGGGUGGACUUUCACGUGGUCGUCGACUCUCUGCUGACGUGUGUCGAGGAUCCAGGGAGGAAUUACAAGGAAGUGCAAGAAGCGUCGAACAACGAGAUCGUCGCCAACUUCACACGAGUCAAAGAAAUGGCGUUCCGAUUGGAACAUCACUGGUUCAAUCGAUCGGUCAGCUUCAGAAUUCCCAAGAAAGUCCGUGCGCCGGAGCCGAAGGAAUCUGAUCAGAAACAUCCAUCCUCUGGCAAUCCUGAUAUCAUACGUGAUGCGUCCCCGCCAUAUCAACGUCAUCAUCAUUCUUCAUACUAUGAACGCGAAACGCAUCCUCGCUUCUUCAACAACGGAAACGAUGUACAUCAAUAUAGGUUUGCUGGUUAUCACGGAAACAACUACAAGGAGAAUUACAACAGACGACCGUCCACCUACCGAGAUUCUUAUCGUGAUCGCCGUCGAUUCAAUCGUCGCUCGCGAAGCCGUUCCAGAAGUUUUUCGCCUCCGACGUACAAGAGAAGAAGAGUGGAUGACAGAGAGAGCCGCUAUCGUUCUCCGCCUUACGAGCGGCGCCCGGCGACCCCCGAGGAAAAAACUCCCGAAUCUUCGGUUUCCGUCGAGAGACACCAUCCGAAGAGCGAAUCGAAAAGUAAUCCUGCGAAUUCGACAACUUCCAAUGCUAUGACGGUUGAUGCAGAAGUCCGGGGCCCAUCGACUCCACAGGCUCCUUCCUCUCAAUCGUAUCCAACUCCGCACGAGCAUCCAUCACAUGCAGUUGCUGCCGUUCCAUGUGUUCCGUCUGUCCCUGCUGCUGCGGUUCCCGCUAAUCCAUAUGCAAUGCCCGGAUAUGAAGCAUACGGUGAGUGAUGUUUUUUUUUCCGAAAAAAAAAUACGAAUUCUGAUUUCAGGAAUGUACGAUCCGAACACUGGAAUGUAUGUGUAUCAUGCGGCACCCCCGGGAUACUAUCCGCAUGCUUAUCCGGCACACCAUCCGCAUAUGCUCACAAUGGAAAUGUUGCCGUCGAACGAGCGACUCAAUGAGGUUUACGAGAGAGCCACUCUAGAGCAACUGACGUAAGAAUCCUUACCUGUAACUCACUUCUUAAGCUGAUUAUAUUUUCAGUGAGAGGCUUGAACGAGCGAAAUGUGAUGUCGAUAUGCUACAAAAACAUGUCGCUAAAAAGCGAGCCGCCGCAGAAGCUCUCGAAGCCGCCCGUCGACGUGCAGAAGAGGAAGCGAAGCAGCAGGCAGAAGCAGCGAGCAAAUACGUGUGGGCGAGAGCGAAGGCAGACACUGGAGAGACGUACUACUACAACAAGCUGACCAAAGAGACUCAAUGGACGCCGCCGACGAACGACCAAGGACUGCUGGAGCCCGGCGAUUGCGCCUCACCAGACACGACUGUUCCCGCUGAAGAACCGCAACAGCAACGGCAGCAGCAAACUCCACAGCAACAACAACCGCAGCAACUAGCACAACAGCUCCAGUCGGUAGAUCGCGAAGUUGCGCAGAAGAAGCAAGCUUCUGAAUCAGCCGACGAGCAUACGAGGACUGAGGACCACGCAUCCUCCCACAAAUCACAUCGGGAGAGGGACCGUGAUCGUGAUCGCCGUGAAGAAAGUCGGCAUCGGGAUCAGAGUCAUCAUCACUCAUCGCAUCGAACCGGCGAAAGCUCGACCGAACGUCGCAUCCGUGAAUUCAAGAAAGAGCUGGAGAGAGUUAUCUGUUCGGUUGUGAAGUCGUAUAUGAGACAGUUGAGAGACGCGACGGCCGACAAGAUUCAAUGGCUAAUCAAACUGGUCGUCAAAGAGAUGUACAAACGGGAGAGUGCCCAGAACGGAUUUGACCACCGAAUAACUGACAAUACAGAAAAGAAGGUAAGGAGCUGACCACAAGAUGCGGCCAGCAACAUUACUUGUUUUCAGGUCCGUAACUACACCAAAUCGCUGAUCGACCGUAAGCUCAAAUCGGAUGACCUCUGGAAGGGCUACGCGGAACAACAACAACGCUGA